AUGGGUAAUUCCAUUAAAAAAGAAAUUAACAAGAAGGAAGAAGAUACAAUUUUAAAAGAAGAUAAUAUAGGAAAAAGGGAAAAAACCAAAAAAGAUGAUGAAAUAUAUGCAUAUAUUAAAGGAGAGAAAGAUGAAAUAAAGGAAUAUGAUAAAAUAAAUGCAGAUAAUAAAGAAGACAAAGAUGAAUUAGAUUCAGAUGAAAGUUUAAAAAGUAAGACAAUAAUAGAUGAUGGUUCAGUUAAUAUUUAUUUUUAUGAGAGUUAUUUCAAGAGUUUUUUCAACAUGAAUGAUAUUAAUAAAGUUGAAUUCAAUGAAAAGAAUGAGUGUUAUAACACUACUAAAAAAUUAAACGAAAAUUCUACAAAGGCGAAAAGUAGAAAUGUGAAUGAUAUUAUUAUUCAUAAUAAUAAAUAUAUAAUAAAUUUUUUAAAUGAUAAAAUGAAUAAUAAAAUAGAGAUAGCAAAUUUUAUUUCCUUUUAUUUUUUCUUCUUAAAUAUUAAGAAUUUGAUGAAUGAUUCAAAUAAAAAUAUAUCAUUAAAAGAUAUAUCAGAUAAUACUUAUUUAUAUCAAAAGAUAAAAAGAUCAAAAAAUUAUAUUUCUGCAAACGAUAUAGAAACAUGCAUCAGAAAUUAUUUAUAUCAUGUUGAUAAAAAAAAUUAUCCCAUUUUAAAAAAAAAUGCUUCAGAUGAGAAAAUUGAAAAAAAAUUAAAAAAAGGAAAGAUAAUAAAUAAAAAAAAAGGCAAUUAUAGCAAAAGUAAAUAUGAAAAAAGAGAAGAAAAAGAAGAAGGAGAAGAAGAAGAACAACAACAAGAAAAAGAACAACAACAAGAAAAAGAAAAAGAAAAAGAGGAAAAAGAAAUAGAAAUAGAAAGAAAAAAAGGAAGACAAAAAAAAAUAAUAAAUGUAGAUAAAAAAGAAAAUUUAAAAAAAAAAAGUAUGAGAGAUAAAACCUCGGAAGAAUACAUAAGAAAAUUAAAGAAAAAAAACAUUAAAAGAAGGAGUAUUAUCUCCAAAAAACUUAUUUCAUAUAGAGUAAGAGAUGAAGAUAAAAAAAUACUUAAACAAAAGAAUAAAUUAAGAAAGAGUUAUGAUCAAAAUAAUAUAUGUUAUAAUAAAGUAUAUAGCUAUGAAAAACAUAAUAAUUCAAAAAUAAAUGAAAAUAAAGAAAAAAAAAAUAAAAAAAAAGGUUUUAGUAGAAUUAGAGAAAAACGCAUUUAUAAUUUAUCCAAUGAAAGUAAUAGCACAUAUGUUGAAGAAAACAAAAAAAAUUCAACAGACGAAAAAUAUAGUAGUUUUAUUGAAGGAAGUAAUAAUAAAUCUCCUAAUAAAGAAGUGAAAAAAAAAAGUGAUUAUUCAUAUUCUAUAUACUUUAAAAAUACAAUAUCUAAAGUAUUUUAUAAAAAUGAAAAAAAGCAAAAAGCAAAGUUACUUAAAAAAAAAAAUAAUAUAAUAUAUCAUAAAGAAAAAAUACAACAAAUGAAUGUUGGAAUAUCAUUUUCUCCUGCUGGUUUAUUAAUUCCAUAUCAUUUAGGUGUAAGCAGUUUGUUGAUAGAAACAAAUAUUUUGAAUAUCCAUACGAAUAUAGCUGGUUCUUCCGCUGGUAGCAUUUGUGCAUGUUGCUUAAGUGUUGGGUUAAGUGUAGACAAAUGUUUUUUUUUAAUUGAAAAUAUUAUUAGUAAUGUGUAUAAAAAUGGAUGCUAUCAGAAAUUAGAAAAUAUAUUAAAUAUUGAAUUAAAUAAAUAUUUAUAUGAAGAUAGUUAUACAUUUUUAAAUAACAGAAUAGGAAAUGUUUUUGUUGGCAUAACACAAAUUCUACCUUUUUAUAAAAAGUUAAAUGUUAAUAAAUUUUAUGAUGAUCAAGAUUUAAUAAGUGCAAUUAUUGCAUCUUGUAACAUACCAAUGUAUUUAUCUAACAAUAUUUUUGUAAAUUUUAGAAAUAAAAAAUGCAUUGAUGGAUUUUUUAGUACAAAAAAAAAGGAUUUUGGAUGUCCAAGUACAAAAACAGAUCGAAUAAUUAAAGUAUCUCCUUUUGAUUCCGAUUAUGUAGGUAUUGAAAAUAAAAACAAUAGCGUUAUAAGCCCACACUUAAUUAAAUACAAUCACGUAAUUGUACUUUUUUUGUCCAUUAAAAAUUUAUUUCAUAAAUAUAUAAAUAAUUUAUUGUUGAAAAAAGAUUAUUUAUUUCUUAUAUAUAAUUUAAAAAAAAUUUUAAAUAAGAAAAUAUUUGAUAACUAUGAGUUUGUGAAAAGCUAUUUUAGCUUCCUAAAAUAUAACGAAGUAAUGGAUGAACAUAAGCUUUCAGAUAAAAUCAAUAAAGAAGAAUUAAUCAAUUUUCUGCAUAUUAAAUUGAAAAAACUAAACUAUAUGAAUAUGAAUGAUUUAGAAAUAGAAUUAUUUAUAAAUUUAAAUAAUGAAAUUUUCACACAGUUUAAUAAAUAUAAUUAUAACUUACUAAAAUUUUAUCACUUUUCUGUUACUUUAGUAAAUAUUAUAAGUAAGUAUUUUGCAGAGAAUUUUUGUACUUCUAACUUAGAUAAAGUUGUAUCUGUUUUUUUAGAAAAAAAUAAAGAUCAUAUAGAAGAGAAAUAUAAUGAUUACAUAAAAGAUAAAUUAAUAGAUUUAUAUGAUUUUAAAUUUCAACAAAUUAUUCAGUUUUUAAAAAAUGAAAAUCUUUUAAAAAUGGAUAAAUAUAUAUUCUUCUACCCCAAAUUAAAGAGUGAUAUAAUCCUAACAUUUUUUAAGGAAAUAUUUGUUAAUGAAAGUAUUUUAAAAAUAGAUAAAAAAAUUUUAAAAAAGAAUAUUACAUUUAUGAUAGAAGUAUUGAAGGAAAUUUUUUUUAAUGAAUAUAUUAAAAGAGAAAUAAUUAAAAUAAUAUAUUUUGUAGAUAGUAAUAAAUUAGAUAACAAAAGUAAUGAUGUUUAUAGAAAAAAUUAUUUAUUAUCAAAAAAAUUACAGGAUGUGAAACCUAUAAAGCAUUAUCUAAAGUAUAGUUAUAUUUAUAAAAAUUUUAUCUAUAUUGUUAAUGAAAUAAAGAAUUGUAAUAAUAAAAUAACAAAAAUUAAUAAAUAUAACUAUUAUAACUUUAUGAAUUUAAAUAUAGAAAAUAUAAAUGAUUCAUAUCUAUUCUUAUAUAUUUAUUUAUAUUCUAAUUUAUAUUAUAAAAGCCUCUUUUUGUUAAUGAACAUUGAAAACAUAGAAAAAUUCUUAAUAUUAAAAUCUUCAAGAAAUAAUGUUAAUAUAUUUUUAAGUAGUGAUAGUACUGAUAAAAAGAUGAAAAGUGAUUUAAACAAGUAUAGCUUAAAAAAUAUGAAUAAAAAUUCAAUUAGUAUGUUUCCAAAAAAAUUUACUGAAAUGUAUCAAAAUAGAAAAAAGAUAUUAAAACAAAAUAUAAAUGAAAUAAAUAAAAAUCAACUAAGUUUGUUUAAUAGAAUUAAAAAAGAAAAAAAUCAAGAUGAAAUGAAUUAUGUCAAAAAAAGUUUUAGUGAAGCAAAUAAUCAUUCACACAAUAAUGAAAUUUAUUAUAAAGAAUUAUAUAAUAAAGAAAUAUAUAAUAACGCAACACAUAGUAAACAAAUUUAUAACAAUGAGAUAAGUAGCUUUUCUUUUUUUAAAAAUUUAAAAAGUGUAAAUAAUUUGAACAAUUUUAAAUACACUUUUGAUAAAAGUAGUGAAAAUUUGUUGGAUAUUAUAAAUCAUAAUAAUAAUUUAAAUUACAUAAAAUAUUUUUAUAAUUUUGAAAAAUUACUUAUUUUUAAUUAUGACUUUAGUUUAAUUAAAAAUAUUAAUGACUUUUAUUUAAUGAAUAGAAAUAAAAUAUAUGAAAUGAAUAAAAGAAAAAAAAAGGAAAUUUUUCUUCUUUUAUAUCAUAUGUAUAUGUAUUACACAAAUAUUCUGUUUUUAUUAAAAUUUGUUUUUAUGAUUAAUUUUAAUGAAAAAACAAAAUAUAAAUUUUUUAAAAAAGAAAAAAAAAAUAGCAAGUACAAUAAAGGAGAAAAAAGCAAUAUUGGAACAUCUAGAAUAAAAAAAAGUAGUAUAUUUAAUUCUAGAUUUAGUACUUCUACAAGCGAUUCGAAUAUUUGUAAAAAUAUUGAUAAUUUUUUUGACAUUAAAUGUGAAUAUGACAAUGGAGAAACGGAUAGUAAAAUAAUAGAAAUUAAAAGUAAUUAUGAAAAUAAGAAUAAUAUAUAUGUAGAUCUUAAUGAUAAAAAAAAUAUAACAGUGUAUAAUAAGGACACAAUGCCAGAAAAGCAGUUAAAUGAGAAAAAAGAAAAAGGAAAAAUUAAAAAAGAAAGAUGUAAUAAUCUUUUAAAAAGAGAGUUUAUGAAGAAAAAAAAAAUAAAAUAUAUUGAAAGUAAUGAUAAUGAUUUUGUUGAGGAAUUAAAAACAGAUAUAAGUGAAAAUUUGUAUAAUAAUUACCAAACGUAUUUUAUAAAAAAUGUUUUUUCGAUGAGAAAAUUAUUUAAAAUUGCUUUAGAAGGUUCAAAUGAAAAAAUUAUUAAAAAAAUUUAUGAUUUAGGAAGAAGUAAUGCAUAUUUAUGGCUAUUUUUAGAAUAUUUAAAUGUAGGCAUUUUUUUAUAUAAAAAAAUAUAUACGAUUUAUUUGAAAUUAAUUUCAACAUAUGAGUCUUUAAUUCAUUUGACUAAUUUAAAUAAAAAAAAAAAAAAGAGUGAAUUAAUGAAUUCAUCUGUUUCAAAUGAGGAUAUUCUAAUAUAUGUAAAUCAAAAUGUAUUUAGUUUAUUAGAUUUUUGUAAUUUUCUGGUUCUGAGUUAUUCUUAUUAUAAUUCUCCAAAAAAUGAUUCUAUAUCUUUAAUUAAUAAUAAAAAAAAUAAACAGAGCAAUUUUAAUUUUAUUUCUAUAUUUAAAAUAGAUAAAAAAAAUAUUAAAAAAAAUAAAGGCAUUAUUAACGAUAACACUUUUAAAAGUAAUUCUCAUAAAACUAAUAAUAGUGAUUAUGAUAUUUAUAAAGAUUCUAACAAAACAAAUUACUUGAAUAGUGAUAACAAAGUUGUUUAUAAAAAUAUAAGAGAUUCAUAUAGAAGUGAAGAGAAAUUAGAUGUAAAUGAAAAUUUUAAACUAAAUAAUAAUAAUGACAAAUAUAAAAUUAAUAAAAAGAAAAGUAAAGGCGAAUUUCACACGUUUCCAAUCAAAAAUAAUAGAUUAAGAAUUUUAAGAAGUAUAAGUUUACCAUUAAAUGUAAAAAAAACAGUUUUAAAAAUGAAUAAUUUAAAAAAUAAAAUAAAUUUAAAUAAAAAUAUAAUAGAUGGUAUAAAUAACGAAAUAUUAAAAGGAACACCUUAUGAACAUAUUUAUACUCAUUCAAAUUUUUGGAUAUAUUCUUCGUCAGAUGAAAGUGAUAUAAAUGACUGCUAUAAUGAUCAUUAUUUAAAUAGUACUGAUAAUGUAAUUAAAGAAUUUGAUAAUAUUUUUGAUGAAAUGUCUGGUGAAUUAUAUCACUUUUCAAAGAUCUCCAAUUUUUUUAAAACAUUCAAAAAUAUUGAUAAUAAUUUAAAUUUAUCGGGGUAUUUUGGCUUUUGA